UAUAAGUAAACCCUCUCUCUUCUCUUACUUGCAAUCCCCCUCCAAUCCCCCUAAACCCUAGUAUCCCUUUUCGCCGUUCAACAAUGGCGGAAGCCUUCCCGGUUAAGCCGAAGCUCCGACCCACCUCCAGCAAACUCACUCCCUCGCCGGAGGCCAAGUACUGGAGAUCAUUCAAAAUCCCUAAAGAUAUCGAAACCACACCAUCAAAAUCCUUCACUUUCCCAAUUAAUUCCAUCGCAUUUUCGCCGCUAGCCCCUCACGAUUUUGUUGCUACGCAUUCCGCCAGCGUCUCCAUUUUCUCCGGCAAAACGCUAGAGCCUAAACCCACAAUCUCCUCUUUCUCCGACACCGCCGCUGCCGUAUCCUUCCGCUGCGACGGGAAGCUCCUCGCCGCUGGAGACUUGUCCGGCACCGUCCACGUGUUCGAUGCUAAGUCCCGCAGCCAUCUCCGCCGUCUGAAGGGCCACGCAGCCGCUGUCCGGUCAGUAAGUUACCCUCGCGCCGCCGAUAAACUCCACCUCUUCUCAGGCGGAGAUGAUUCCGUUGUUAAGUAUUGGGAUGUUACGACUGAGAAAUCCGUGUUUAAUCUCUUAGGCCACAAGGAUUAUGUGCGCUGCGGCGAUGCUUCGCCUAUUAGUGAUGAAAUGUUCGUUUCUGGAUCGUACGAUCAUAGGGUUAGGGUUUGGGAUGUGAGAGUGUCGAAUGCGAGCUCUGUGAUGGAAUUGAAUCACGAGAAGCCCGUGGAGAGUGUGCUGUACCUUCCCUCCGGUGGCCUAAUCGCCACCGCGGGUGGUAAUUUUGUUAAGAUAUGGGAUGUGAUUGGUGGUGGGAAGUUGCUGUAUUCGAUGGAGAGCCAUAUCAAGACGGUGACUGCACUUUGUAUGGGUAAGGUUGCACGAGGGAGUGGAGAGGAGGCCGAGGAGAAUAGGAUCCUGAGUGUUGCAUUGGAUGGAUAUAUGAAGGUGUUUGAUUAUGCAAAGUUGAAGAUCACCCAUUCCAUAAGGUUCCCGGAGCCACUUCUAUCUGUAGGAUUUUCGCCUGAUUGCUCGACUCGUGUUAUAGGGACAUCCAAAGGGAAUUUGUAUAUCGGUAGAAGGAAGGCGAAGGUGGAGAGUGAGGAAGUGGUUGGUGGUUUGCAGUGGAAAAUUGUGGAAGAUGAUCCUGGCAGGAAGGUUCCAAGGCCUUCCUAUUUUAGGUACUUCCAACGAGGGCAAAACUUGAAACCCUCGGAAGGGGAUUACUUGAUCAAGAGGCCUAAGAAAGUGAAGAUGGCUGAGUUUGAUAAGCUCUUGAAGAAGUUUAGGCACAGGGAGGCGCUGGUGGCUGCUUUGAAUCGGAGAAAUCCAGAGAGUGUUGUGGCUGUGAUGGAGGAGUUGGUGGCGCGUAAGAAGUUGAAGAAAUGUGUGUCCAAUUUGGACACGGAGGAGCUGGCGUUGCUGUUGGCGUUUCUACAGAAGUACUCGACCAUGCCAAGAUAUGCAGGGCUGCUGACAAAGCUGGCGAAUAAGGUUGUUGAGUUGAGAGCCGAGGAUAUAAAAUCGUCGGAUCAACUAAGAAGUUGUAUUAGAAAUCUGAAGAGAGAUGUUGAAGAAGAGAUCAGAAUACAACAAUCUUUGCUAGAAAUACAGGGAAUUAUUUCACCGAUGCUGAGGAUUGCUGCUAGAAGCUGAAGUUAGUGAGAUUAUGUGUUUGAUCUACCAAGAUUUUAUUGGAAUUGGGAGAAAGACUCGUUAUGUUUUUUUGUAGGAUUGAUCUCUGUUCUAUUGUUGUCCAAGGCCAAUUUUUUUGUUGAAAUAGAAUGAUUUUUGGUUCACAUAGGUUGCAAUGAAAACUGCUUUGUUUCA